AUGGACUCCAGAGAAGAUAAGGGUGAAAGCCAGACUAAGCCAGAGGCCCUUGCGCCCUCUGUCCCUGACUCCACCUCUAGCUCCGCCCCAAUUCCCAGUGUGCCCAGCUCCAGCCCCACACCAACUGCACCAGCUCGGCCCAGACGGCCUCAGAGGACCCCCAGGGUGGAGGGCUCUAUUGAUGUAGCUGACUCUAAACCUCUAGAGUCUCCUAAACUGAGCCAAGAGAAGCCCACUCCUACAGCACCUGACGGGCCUAGAAAACCUGCUCGACCUCCUGGUCCCCUGCGCCAGUCCAAUGCCCCCAAACCCCACGGACCACCCACCUCAGCCGGACAGAGGAUCGCACACCCCCCUGGGGCUCGGAGUCAUAUCUCCAUGAGAGCUGCGUCUCUACCACAGGCUCCGUCCUACCAGCCCCCACCGGCCGAACCUACUCCACACCCCCAGAGGGCGCUGUCUGUAGCUGGCACAGCUGACACCCAACCUCAGGUUGUGGAAGAUUUCAGGGUGCACGUUAUCACGUGGAACGUGGGCUCGUCAGUUCCGCCCGAUGACAUCACGCCUUUGCUUGGACUGAACACUGGUGACGGGAACACAGACAUGUAUAUUAUUGGGCUUCAGGAGGUGAACUCAAUGAUCAAUAAGCGGCUGAAAGAUGUCCUUUUCACUGACCAGUGGAGUGAGGUCUGCAUGGACACGCUCAGUCCCUUCGGAUAUGUUCUGGUGACAUCUCAGCGGAUGCAGGGCCUAUUGCUGCUGGUCUUUGCAAAGUACUACCACCUGCCCUUCCUCAGAGGGGUCCAGACGGAGACCACGCGAACAGGACUGGGCGGCAUGUGGGGAAAUAAAGGUGGAGUGAGCGUGCGAAUGACGGUGUUUGGACAUUCUAUCUGUUUUCUGAACUGCCACCUGCCAGCUCACAUGGAGAACUCGGAGCAGCGGAUGGAGGACUUUGAGAGCAUCCUGCAGCAGCAGCAGUUUGAGGGUCAAGCUGCCAUGAGCGUCCUGGACCAUGACAUGGUGUUCUGGUUCGGGGAUCUUAACUUCCGUAUUGAAGAUUUGGACAUGCAUGUGGUGAAGGGAGCCAUAGACGGGAACAAGCUGUCGAUGCUAUGGGACAAAGACCAGCUGAACAUGGCUAAAGACAGUGAGACUGUUCUGGAAGGCUUUCAGGAAGGACCACUCAAGUUCCCUCCCACUUACAAGUUUGACGUGGGAACCAACACUUAUGACACCAGCGGGAAAAAGCGGAAGCCGGCUUGGACCGACCGUAUCCUGUGGCGUCUGAAGGCGACAGCAUCGGCCAGCGACAGUUCAUCCAACCGCACUUCCAUGUCCGGCCUGACCAGCGGCACCAGAGUCACUCAGCAUUUUUACCGCAGUCAUAUGGAGUACACCGUCAGUGAUCACAAACCUGUCUCCUCCAUCUUCACCCUUCAGUUUCCAUAUAAGGUGGAUAUUCCUCUGGUGACAUUGAUUGUUGAGGAUGAAUGGAGAGAGGUGUCUGACGCCAUUGUGAAGUUUAAAGUGACGCCCAAUUUCUCUCGGAGCUCCUGGGACUGGAUCGGCCUGUACAAGGUGGGAUUUAAACAUCACAAAGACUAUGUUGGUUAUGCAUGGGCCAAACAGGAGGAGUCUGACUACCUGAGACAGGAACAUAAUGUGACGUUUUCAGAAGAGGAGCUACCAAAGGAACCAGGGGACUACAUCCUAUGUUACUAUAGCAACAACAUGAGUUCUAUUGUGGGUGUAACAGAGCCAUUCCAGAUCCAGCUGCCCAGUACCAGUUCGGCCGGUGCCAGUCCAUCUGACAGCUCCGACUUCAGCUCAGAGGAUGAGAUCAAGCAGCCGGAUUCCCGUGACUCCAGCCCAGCGCGAGGAAAACGACGUGGGAGCAGCAGCAGCAGGAGCAGCAGGAGCAGCACUCCCACUGAAGGCCAGCAGUCCAGAGACACCUCUGCUCGCUCUCGCGCCACCAAGAAGGCCGACAGUUCCACCCCCAAGUCACGCGACUCACCAGAUGCCCCAGCUGAUGGAGCAAGCUCAGGGACAGGGGCAGAAAAGCAUGAGGAAGCCCCGGCUCAGGACACCGAUCCUGGGCAGAAGUCACAGGGCAAGGCUGAGGAUAGAGGCUUGUGA